GGAGAUAACUUACCUUAAAAGGCCUGUGUAGCUAAAGAAAUUGGCUACUGGGUCUGUCAUCUCUGUUAAUAUGCAUGGCUUCUAUGGACAACUACUGUCAUAAUGGGGAUCAUAAUCUAAACAGAUUAUGCAUGCAACAGAAGACUUCUGUAAUAUUAAAUACAGUUCAUAAACAUGUUUGGGGAUUACAGAGUGCUUGUAUUGGACAGGGACAGUCAGCUGGGGAGCAUGGAAGCAAAGGGAAAAUAGUUAUGUAUUGUCCCAGUUCCAGGAAGAGGCAUCUUUAUGCAGUUGAUAUAAUGCUCAUAGCUGAUCAGGUUUAACUCUGGGUUGAGAAAUAGCUGGCUCCAGGUACUACUGAUGGAGCUGACUCUAAAGGCCGUUUGCAUUUGUAUCCAGAGACCUAUACAGGUGUAGCUGACAGGCACUCCAAAUGACUAGGAAUAACUUUCUGUUGGUUUAGUUCCCCUAAUGAAGGCCAGGAAAGUAGAGGUCAGAAUGUGUAGUAAGGGGAGCAGGCUGCCCUUUGGGUGGUAGGUAGCUAUUGAAUUUGCUUGGUUAUAAUAUGAAACAUCACUCUUGAAGGAGGCAGCCAGAGAGUUUAAGCAGCAUCAGUAGUUAAGUGCAAAACCUUGGAUGGGGAAUAGAUCGAAAAUGAAGUCUUUUAGGGGUAGGAGGAAUCACUGAACCUGACUUGGUUGUGUAUGUAACUGAGCUACCCUGAGAUAAUGGAAGGUAUUUAAUAAAUUACUUUUUUGCUAGCAGCACUGGCAUAAGCAGGUUUUGUUUACAACAGUAUAUUCCUGUUCUCAUCCUUCCCUGUCCUAGCCAGUUUGUUGGUGUAAACACUUGCAUGGUUACACAGUGAUGCAGGUGAAAAAUAAGUACCUAUCUAGGGGAUGGGAAGGUAAGAAGGGACUAUCAGCUAGAUCAGUUUCUUGAGCUAAUUCACCACGUGGACACAAAUGUUUAUUUUGGCAAGCCUGGGGGAGUAAUGAGGGGAGAAACGGGUUGGCUGAUGGUGAUGGUUGCUUAAGUAAUACAGCUGUUGGAAGAAUAUGCCUAACAACAGAUGACUGUGGGUAGAUGCUUCAGAUUUGUUUUAUUUGUAACUGAAACUUGUAUUUAGAUACCAAGAGAAAAAAAUUUGCAUUGUUUUUCUGUUGAUCCUCAAAACUAGGUAAGAAUGGCAAAGCAUUCAUCCUAAUCCUAUGAGGUUGUUUUUGGAGAAAGCUAUUUCUGUUUCUGUUAUCAAUUCAGUGAAUCAUCUUUCUUUAACAGUAAACAAGAUCACUGAAGAGUCAGGAAACUUACAGAUCUGUUGAGAACAAAUUUGUAACUGGGCUGGUAACUGAUAGCUGUGCUAUGAAAUGGUUGCAUCCAAGAAUGGAAGAAGGCUGUAUUAGCAUGGAUUUUUUUGCUUUGUGGAUGCUUGGAAAAUAUGGAAAUAGGACAUCACACAGAAUCCCAAGCUGGCUGUUAAAAUAUCAAAUAAUUUGAAUGAAAAUUUCUGCACCGCUUGUUCCUGCUUGCAACUUCUAAUGGGGAAUCUCAAAUAAUAAAAGUAUUUAUAGAUCAGCUAGUUGCAAACUUGAGAGGUCUUCUUUGUGUGAAAUCCUAAGGCCAAGAGUGUCUGGAAUAAUUGCUGCUGCAACUGCCGUUCCAGUCAUAAAAAAAUGAUGUAUAGUGAAAGAAAACUUCCAAGUUGCGUAGCAGUAUACAGUUUGCAGAAAGCUCAGGUUCUUGCGUGGAUAAGGCUACAGUGAUAUGAUGAACAGCCUGAAGUACUGCACAAUAAAAGUUUAAAUGCAUACAGAAUUUUCCAGUCUCAAACUGUUCAUUAAUUAAAGCAGACAAUUUCAGACCUGAAGGAAAAAUAAAAGCACAGCCAAAACUUAGCUGGCAGUUGUUUGAUAGUUGAGUGGGCGGGAAGCUUUUUUCAAAAAAGUACUUUAUGCUCCCUAGUGUUUGCAAAUAUCUUACCUUUCAGCUGAAAUCCUUUUUAAAAUUUUGUUAAGUUUCAAGUCAAAAGGUGUGCUUUGUGCAGUCUCAAAAAAUAUGUAUGUUGGAAGAAAACUUCUGAGUUGUGUAGCUGUACGUGUCUUGCAGAAAGCUCAGAUUCAUGCUUUGAUAAGGCUACAGUGACAUGAUGAAGCACAAACCAAAUGAGUUUGCUAGGAAUUGUGUGCUGUCCCUUUUACAUGAUAUGUAGUGGAGCCAGUUCUGGAUGUAGUCUAUACAGAGACACAGCAGUUAGAAAUGAACCAAACUCAUUGCUUCAAAAAUAGAGAAAACUAAGGAUAUUUGGAAAGCUGUGGAAGUUCUCCUCAAAAAGAUAUGGAUAAGAAAAUGGGUGAAGAGCAGCCUUUGACUGUGUGUAGUCAGUACCCUAAAGAAGCGGUGAGGAAACGUCAGAACUCGGGUCGAGGUUCUCGGGGCAGCGAUUCUUCCAGGACCUCCAGGAAGAGCUUCAGGCUGGACUACAGAUUAGAAGAGGACGUCACUAAAUCAAAGAGGGGCAAAGAUGGGAAAUUUGUCAACCCGUGGCCAACAUGGAAAUCACCAACCUUGCCAAAUAUUUUGAAAUGGUCUCUCAUGGAAAAAAAUAACAGCAACGUGCCAUGCUCAAAGCAGGAACUCGAUAAAGAGCUUCCAGUGUUAAAACCUUACUUUGUUCAAAAGCCGGAACUUGCUGGGAAGACGGGGACUGGUAUGCGAGUCACGUGGUUAGGACAUGCCUCUGUUAUGGUGGAAAUGGAUGAACUUAUAUUUCUCACUGACCCGAUCUUCAGCCAGCGAGCUUCCCCUACUCAGCUGGUGGGUCCCAAGCGCUUCCGAGGACCUCCGUGCACAGUAGAGCAGCUCCCCAAAAUAGAUGCAGUCGUGAUCAGCCACACCCAUUAUGAUCAUUUGGACUACAACACUGUAAUGAGUUUAAACGAACGCUUUGGGAGUGAACUGCGCUGGUUUGUGCCUCUGGGGCUCUUGGACUGGAUGCAGAGAUGUGGUUGUGAGAAUGUGAUUGAACUGGAUUGGUGGGAAGAGAACUGUGUCCCUGGUCAUGAUGCGGUAACUUUUGUCUUCACCCCUUCUCAACAUUGGUGCAAAAGGACUGCGACAGACGAUAACAAGGUUCUUUGGGGCAGCUGGUCUGUCUUGGGACCUUGCAAUAGGUUUUUCUUUUCAGGAGAUACUGGAUAUUGUGUUGCUUUUGAACAGAUAGGAAAAAGGUUUGGACCUUUUGAUCUUGCAGCCAUCCCCAUUGGAGCUUAUGAGCCAAGGUGGUUUAUGAAAUACCAGCACGUGGAUCCUGAAGAAGCAGUAAGAAUCCAUAUUGAUGUUCAGGCAAAGAAGUCUGUAGCAAUUCACUGGGGGACCUUUGCUUUAGCAAAUGAGUAUUACUUGGAUCCUCCAGCUAAACUGAAUGAGGCUCUUGAAAGAUACGGCUUGAAAAAAGAUGACUUCUUCGUCUUAAACCAUGGAGAAUCACGGGACUUGAGUACCAAUGAUGCAUUUGAAUAAUGAAACAGUAGGAGUUCCUUGUAAGCCUCAUUUGGUUUGAACUAGCAAUUAAUGUUACAGAUAUUAAUAUGAUGUACUUACAAAGUAGAGUGGAUUUUUAGAUGCCAGGUUUGUCAGUUUCAGAACUAAAACCUGCAUACCAAUUUCACGAUAAAUUUACUAGUUAUGUGGUUUAUAAAUUUUGAGAGGUGACCUAAAAACUGGUUAGUAUAUAAGCUAUUGUCUGGGAAUAACUUGCUGCUUCCACUCUUAUGUACACACACCACUGACAAAUUACUGUGGUUUUUUUGUUUUUUUGGCUUUUUUUAAACUCUUCAUGUUUCCUGCAACAGCAAUAAUAACCUCAGCACAGGACAUAUUCUUAAAAUUAAUGGCUGACUUGAAUUCAUCAUUGUUAAAAUGUCAUCUCCCACGUUUUAGUCAUUAAUCUUCAGGUUAUGCCCUGUACCUUGAAAGCUUCACUGUGUUUUGUGGUGUGGAGUCUUCCAACACAGCUGUGUUGUUAAAGCACAAGCACAGUAAAAUAAUUAUUUUACUCAGUGCUGCUACAUCUUCAUACAUAGAUGAACCACAAAAGCUGAAUUUUACAAUGAUCUAAAGAAAUGUGCCUUUUAAAGAGAGAGAUAAUUUAAUAUUGCAUCAGUGAUGUGUAAAAUUUACUGCUGGCCAGAGUAUCUGCACAAUUGCAUUGUUUUGUCAGUAUUUUUAAGUUAGGCCUGAAUGUGUCUAAAAUAACCUUCUUGUCAAAUGCAGUACAUGAAAUUGAAGAGUCCUUCAAUAGCGCUUGUCUUUGCAUUGACUCAGUAUAUUAUUAAGUACUUUUUGUUUUGUUUUUUUUAAGUGAAAAGUCUUAAGCAAGGGCUGUGGUAUUUUUUUCUUAUAGCUUCCCUAUAAUUUUAAAGUUGAAUGAGAGAUUACAACAUUGUUCAGUAUUGUAAAACUUGGCUAAAUAUAUCUGUAUCGAGUUGCCAUGCUAAUUUACAGAAUUAAAACCUAUUGUUGCCAAUAAAAUGGGUUGUUAUUCUCCUUCAUAA